CUAACUCUUAAAAUUGGUACACAAGUUGGCCAAUGGAUUACAAAAGCUGACCUUUUCGAGAUCGAAACUCAAUUGAUAACGUAAUGGACUGUUGAAGAGCAGUUUGGGGUCACCUUUUAAUUACUCAUAGCCCUGUCCCAAUCGCAGUAGCUCUUAUGUUGGAGUUGGAACGUCAGUCUGAUUUUAUUCCCAACAUGGACGUCAUCUGAGCUCCUGUCUACAUGUUGUUUAAUUCACCAGUCAACUAAAACAGUUACUCAAGGCACUCGACAGGAUUCCACAAACAUCACCAAACAAAGCAUAUACCAAACUCCCAAGACUCCACAUUCCGAGGCGCCCAAGAUCGCAGAUGUCGCAACAGACCGCCGCACAGCAGCCACGAAUAUGAAUCGCAAUCGCCUCCACCAGAUGCGCCAAAUGGAUCGGGGCAACGAGGGCCUGCAGCAGGUCAUCCAAAUGCAGAGCUCCGCUGCAGGGGCCCAGGGCCAGCCGCAGGGCCAAGCCGGAGCCCAGGGACAAACUCCGGCCAGCCAGGCCGUGCGCCGCAAGACGACCUACACCCGGACGGAGAUGCUGUCCCGGGGACUGCCCACCGCUCCAAGCUAUCGCAAUGGUCCGCCGGCUGGGCAGGACUGGAUCAACCAACUAUCGCCGAAACCACGCUAUGCCACACCCCCAAAGGCCGUCGUCCCCGCCACGCCCUUGGGCCAGAGCACCAAUGCCACCAACAAGAACAAUACGCCCCGCAGACAGCGAAGCUUUCUGCCCCGGGUGGCCAGAUUGCCGGCCAAGUCGGAUAGAUCGCCCAAUAGGAUGCAAAAUCGAUUGGGUCGCGAGACUGAGGGCAAGCUGGAGCAGUCACACAUCCCUGUGGGCACUCACAAGCCCAUGCAUUUGGUGAAUUCACCGCAGGACAGUGAUAGCAGCAGUCCGACUCGAAGGACCAUGAUGGCCCAGGGAGAUGGCCUGGUGAGCGACAAUAGCACCUACUCGGAACGCCACAAGAUCAAGUUGGCCAAGGCCAUUCGCCUGCCAGAUGAUCAGAACAAGAGCUUCGUCUAUCUGUGCAAGCCGGUGAAGAAGGUCAAGGAGCUGCUGACGGCUAGAAGGCUGCGCAAUAGCUGUGAGCAAGUAAACGAGGCGAACGAGGGAGAUUUCCUUCUGGAGGAGCUGCAGUCCACGAAGCUGCAAUUGACCCUUUCCGAGGAGGCAGUGCGCAGCAAGGGCGGCAGCGAAGAGUACGGCAGCUGCAUUCUGUCCCCCAUCGAGGGCCUGACGCAGUCGUCCAGUUCCACCAGUCAGCUGGACAGUCCCACGCUGGAGGCCAUGCAGCAGCGGCAACAGCAGUUCGAGGCCAAGGCCAUGAGCAGUCAGGAGCGCUUGAAGAACCGCCUGCUGGAGGUGCGCCAGAGGCAGCGGCAUUUGCUCCAGCUGGAGCACGAGCAGCGGCACAAGGAGCAGCGCCAGUUGGAGCUGGAUCAGGUGUGCCAAAAUCUGCCCGCUUUGCAGCACGAAAUACGAAUGCUUCAGCAGUUGAGUGAGAAAUUGGAGGCCACACUGAGGGUCUCCAAUAUACCCAAACCCUCGACGCCUAAGAAACGAAGCUCUAUGGUAAUCGGAGAGGAUUUGAACCAGAGAUCAUCUACCCGUUUCUAUACGCCACGCACGAGUCCUUAUCAACCGGAUGAACUGCCCAUCACCAAAUUGUGUUGCCUAAGUGUAGAACAGAUUGUCGAGCGUCCGCAAAGGGCUCGAAGCGUGGCCAUGGCUCAUCAUUUUGGCUUGGUCCAGGAGUUCCGGGUGGAGACCAAGACCCUGAACGAACUGAAGACGGGCGAGGACUCGCAAUACUUUUAUCUACCAGCUCCUAGGGAGGAACCCUCCUCAUCGUUGGCCUCCAAAACGUUCAAAGAAGCCGAUCCCCUGCAGCCUACUAACUUCCGCAAGUUGCGGGAGAAUCCGAACAUACUGCUGCAGCAACUGAGACCACUUAUUGCUGGGGCUGGAAAACCCUUCAACCUCUUGGAUCAGGACACCAUGUUCUUCAAUAGCCUGGCCUAUGGGGAGUCAUCGAAACCCUUGGUUGGCAGCACUGCCGAGCAGCUGGAAGCGGCCACCCGAGAGACGGGACUUGGCGGCGGUGGAGGAUCCAUAGCCAAUUAUGGCGGAGCCAUCGCCUACUCACGCCUCUCGGUGCGGGUCAACGAAGUGGCGAGAUCAGCAGACCAGGGGGAUCAACUGUGCGCCAGCCAAGUUCAUAACACCACGCAAACGGAGCUUCAAUCGCCCAGGAAAAAUAAGAUUCCAGAGCUGGAACCGGAAACGGAGAUCAGUUCGCCAGAUUACACACCGAAUCCCAGUCCCAGGCUGGUAAAACGAAAGAAACUUGAAGAGGUUAAGGUUAAGAUUCAAGAACCUGAUCCAAAACCGAAGAAGUCCAGGCCUAUCAUACGUCGAGUGGCGCCCCAGUCGCCAAUCGGAAGUCGCGUGGAGCCCAAGGUGCGGCUGCAGUUGCUCAAAACCGUGCUGGUGGGAAUGGUCCAAGUUGCUGUUAUUCUGGUUCUUAUCAUGGCCUUCACCUAUCCGGAUGUUAGCUGCUGAGCCGUCUUCAAAGCCAACCAACCAACUAACCUCUUACACACAACACAGCAUCUAUCUGUUCCCAAGAAAACCUGCUUUUCCAAAUUGUUCAACUUGUGAGCUUUUUAUCCUUAAACGAACCAAACCUGAGGAGAAAACCAAAUAAGCAAGUAGCGGAGAGAACAGAAGAUGCAAACAUCAAUCCAUUUAAAGACCAAUAACCGAUUCGGUGUUUGAGCUCGCACUUACAUUUUCGAGUUUCUUGUUUUCUUACUGGACCGCAGCGAUGCCAAGUCGAUCAAUGUUAAUAAAAUUUCAUGUGCAAUGUGAACCGUUUAAGCCCCAGCACCAUAACCGAUUCGAUUUGGUUCCGUAUCGGUUAGGAGAAGCGGUUAAGCCAAACAAUAUAAAAGCGUGUAUGUA